AGUGACGCCAUUCUUACGCGCCGAGCGUGGCCAGCCGUGGGGGAGAGCCGGGCAAGGGAUGCGAUGGGGCCGCUGGUGGUUCCGGCGCUGAGGCAGCGGCUUCCCUGGAUGAAGCCGUUCCAAAGGCUACAGGUCAUACUGCAACAUGUGAAUAUGUCCAGGCCUGCAGAUUCUUCAGCUGAGGUGUUGCUGGAAAAAAAGGGCUGCGCUGCCGUUAUAACCUUGAACAGGCCAAAGGUUCUCAACGUGUUGAACGUUUCCAUGAUUCGUCAGAUAUAUCCUCAGCUAAAGAAAUGGGAGCAGGAUCCUGAAAUCUUUCUAAUACUGAUAAAGGGAACUGGAGGCAAGGCGUUCUGUGCCGGCGGGGAUAUCAGAGUCAUUACAGAAGCCGGGAGAGCCGGAGACAGGCUGACGCAAGAUUUCUUCAGAGAAGAAUACAUCUUGAAUAAUGCUGUAGGAACCUGCCAGAAGCCUUACGUGGCCCUGAUUGACGGAAUUACGAUGAGGGGCGGCGUCGGUUUAUCUGUCCAUGGCCAUUUCCGAGUUGCCACAGAGAAGACUGUGUUUGCGAUGCCCGAGACCGCAAUAGGCCUUUUCCCCGAUGUAGGUGGAGGCUACUUCUUGCCCAGACUGCCGGGGAAGAUUGGAUAUUUUCUUGCCCUGACAGGGUUCAGGUUGAAAGGGAGAGAUGUUCAACGAGCAGGAAUCGCCACUCAUUUUAUAGAAGCAGAGAAGGUCGCCGCCCUCGAAAAAGACUUGACAGAGCUGAAGUCGCCCUCUAAGGGAAACGUUGCCGAUCUCCUGGAUUCCUAUCACAUGAAGUGCAAACUUGAUCAAGAAAAAGAGUUCAUACUGGGUGAGCAUAUGGACAAGAUUAACAGCCUGUUUUCAGCCCGCAGCGUGGAAGAACUUAUCCAGAAUUUGAAACGAGAUGGUUCUCCUUUUGCUCUCAGGCAACUAGAGACAAUUGCCAAAAUGUCCCCCACCUCCCUGAAGAUGACCCUCAGGCAACUUAGAGAAGGUGCUUCCUUGAGCCUGCAAGAUGUUCUCACCAUGGAGUACAGGCUGAGCCAAUCGUGCAUGAGAGGCCACGACUUCUAUGAAGGUGUGCGAGCAGUGAUCAUUGACAAAGACCAGUCCCCAAAGUGGAAGCCAGCUACCUUAGAAGAAGUAACAGAUGAAUUUUUGGACUCGUGUUUCCAGUCUCUUGGAAGCAGUGAUCUCCGGCUACAAUAGAUUUGGGCUAAUUCCAGGUUCCUUUAAGAAAAAGAAUGUUCACAAAUUCUGCCUUGGAGGAAAUAAAAUGCCUUGAGCCAA